AUGAGGAGGAGGAGGAGGAACCGGGAGGAAGGGCGACCCCGUCGGGGAGACCGCCGGGGGCCGACCCGCGUGGCCGGUCGGCAGCACCUGGAGAGGUGGAGGGAGAAGCACAGGGCCAGCACCGGGGCCAGCGCCGGGGCCAGAGCCGGGGCCAGCACCGGGGCCAGCGCCGGGGCCAGCGCCCUGGCGACGGCCCGCGGGACGGCAGUCACGGAGAGCCCCCCGCCGCCCGGCUCCCGACGUCCGAGCGGCAGCCUCUCCCGCCGCGGCCCCCCGGCCCGCGGGCCCCUCGGGCCCCUCUGGCCCCUCUGGCCCCUCUGGCCCCUCUGGCCCCUCUGGCCCCUCGGGCCCCUCUGGCCCCUCUGGCCCCUCGGGCCCCUCUGGCCCCGCGGGCCGGCGUCCGCGGGGGCCCGGCGGCCCGGCGUCCGUCGCCCCCGCCGGGCCCGGCGGCCCCGGGAGCCUGUCGUCUCGCCUGGAGCGGCGGCUGAGGGAGGCGGCGGCCGCGUUGGAGGAGGAGGGCCGGCCGCUACCGCCGGAGCGGGCCCGGGACGAGCGCGGGGCGGAGGCCCGGGCGUGGCAGCCGCACCAGGAAAGGGACAGGCUGAGGGGGGCGGCACCGGGCCCAGCGGUGGCCGCGGCGACGGCCAAGGGGGCGGAGGGCGACGCCUGCUGGGAGCUGAGCGAGGCGCUGGGUGUGGUGGCCGCUCUACGUCGCCGGCUGUUGGAGGCCGAGGCUGGGUUCUCUUCCAUGGACAAACCCCUCCACUCCCUUACACCGUUCAACAACCACCACCACAACCACCACAACCACCACCACAACCACCACCACCACAGCCACCAGGGUGCCCACUACCAACACCUCCACGCCAGCAUCAACCUCGGCCACAACCAAGUCAGCCACUCCGGCCACAACCAAGCCAGCCACAACCAAGCCAGCCACGACCAAGUCAGCCACCUCGGCCACAACCCAGGCCAGAACCAAGCCAGCCACAACCAAGCCAGCCACAACCAAGUCAGCCACGACCAAGUCAGCCACCUCGGCCACAACCAAGUCAGCCACAACCAAGUCAGCCACCUCGGCCACAACCCAGGCCACAACCAAGCCAGCCACAACCAAGUCAGCCACGACCAAGUCAGCCACCUCGGCCACAACCCAGGCCAGAACCAAGCCAGCCACAACCAAGUCAGCCACAACCAAGUCAGCCACCUCGGCCACAACCCAGGCCAGAACCAAGUCAGCCACAACCAAUUCUGCCACAACCAAGCCAGCCACAACCAAGUCAGCCACCUCGGCCACAACCCAGGCCAGAACCAAGCCAGCCACAACCAAGCCAGCCACAACCAAGUCAGCCACCUCGGCCACAACCCAGGCCAGAACCAAGCCAGCCACAACCGCACCAUCCCCACCACCACCACCACCACCACCUCCUCCUCAUCCACCUCCUCACCCACCACCACCUCGGCCGGCCUCCAGCGAGGAGGCGAGCGACUUUCGCCGGGCGAGGCGACGCACAGCCAUCUUGACGAUGACGUUGACAACGUUGAUGAUGACGUUGAUGAUGACGUUGACGUUGACGAUGACGUUGACGAUGACGUUGAGGACGUGGCCGCUCUGCGGAUGAGGCUGAGGGCGCUCAGGAGGC